CUCGCGAGCGCGAGUCACACAAGUCCUCUCCUUCUUGCACGCGGACCAGCGCGCCCACACAACACCUUACAGCCGCAGCGCAUACAACCAUGGCCUCGAAGCGCGCCAAGAACGCCGCCAAGCUCAAGAAGCUCGGCGCCAAGGCCGUCGAGGUGCUGCGCCCCGUGCUGUACUACGGCUUCCUCCCCACGGUGAUCCUCAUCGGCAUGCGCACGGAGCCGCGCCCGUCCCUCGGCGACCUCUUCACGCUCACGUAAAAGCAAUGGCGCCGAUACACGACGCCAUCAGGGCGGGCGACGUCGAAGCGGUCCGGCGAGAGCUGGCCGCAGGCGUGUCCCCUGACCUUCGAGCCAAAACCCUCAAUUCAUUUCCCUAUGAUCUGCCCAAUUCAAUUCCCGUAUGGACGCCGCUCUGCAUCGCUCUUGUAUACAGAGAGAGUUAUGAAUCAGCACUAGAGAUGGUGUUGCUGCUGAUAGAAGCAGGAGCUGAUGUAGACGCAGUAUGUGAUGCUGACGAUGCUGACGCUUUUCGUUAUACAGCGAUCUGGUUGGCAGCGCACAGUGGUAGAAGGAACCUCGUAGCCGCGUUGAUCGCCGCGGGCGCGUCAACGUCGCUCCACGUGGAAGGAGGAUCCUACCCCGCACGCCGGCCUGUGGAACUCAAUUUUAAUGGCCAUGGCUAUUUUGGCCAUCAGUUGCAUAUCCUUUGGCAGCUCUUGCGGGCUGGCUCUCCGCUCCCGCGUUUGGAUCGAGCGAAGUGGAUGCAGCCAGAUACUUCUAGUACUUCUAGUACUAGUAAGUUUAACGCCGCCGCCGUCGACUACGUGAACGCCGUCGCCGCGGCCGGCGGCUACGUGCCCUACGAGAAGGCGCAUCGCGCGAAACUCGCAGCGAUCUUCGCGCCAAAAUUCACGUGGGUCCCGGCCGAGAUCAUCCCGACCAUCGUCGCGUUCUGGGCACACUUGGGCCACCCCUAGGAGGAGAGUAACUGACUGUGCUAU